AUGGAGGCACGCAGCAGCCUGUUUUAUAUGAAGCACCUUUGCCCCCUUUGCCUUACAAGCCAUUUGUUGGCUGCUUUGCAUGUAUACCCACAGCAUUGCCUUUCCACAAAACCCACCAUUAACUUUUCUUCUUCUUUCCCCUCCUCUUUUUCUACCUCCUCUUCUUCUUCUUCCUCUUCCUCUUCCUCCUCCUCUUCUUCCUCCUUAUCUUCUUCAUCAUCCUCCUCUUCAUCUUCCUGUUCUUCCUCAUUCCCUUCUUCUUCUUCUUCUUCUUCUUCUUCUUCUUCUUCUUCUUCUUCUUCUUCUUCUUCUUCUUCUUCUUCUUCUUCUUCUUCCUCCUCCUCCUCCUCCUCCUCCUCUCCUCCUCUUCUUCUUCAUCAUCUUCCUCCUCCUCCUUGUCAUCUUUUCUCCUUCUUCCUUUCUCCUCUUCUUCCUCUUCCUCUUCAUCCUCCUCAUCUUUUACAUCUUCUUCUUCCGCUUCCUCUACUUCCUCUUCUUCCUCUUCCUCCUCCUCUUCCUCCUCCUCUUCUUCCUCAUUCCCUUCUUCUUCUUCUUCUUCCUCCUCCUCCUCCUCCUCCUCCUCUCCUUCUUCAUCAUCUUCCUCCUCCUCCUUGUCAUCUUUUCUCCUUCUUCCUUUCUCCUCUUCUUCCUCUUCCUCUUCAUCCUCCUCAUCUUUUACAUCUUCUUCUUCCGCUUCCUCUACUUCCUCUUCUUCCUCUUCCUCCUCCUCUUCCUCCUCCUCUUCUUCCUCAUUCCCUUCUUCCUCCUCUUCUUCCUCUUCCUCCUCUUCAACUUUUUCCUUCUUCCUUUCUCCUCUUCUUCAUCCUCUUCUUCCUCUUUCUCUUCUUCCUCCUCCCCUUCUUCUUCUUCCUCCUCUUCCUCUUCAUCCUCCUCCUCAUCUUUUACAUCUUCUUCUUCCGCCUCCUCUACUUCCUCUUCUUCCUCCUCCUCUUCAUCUUCCUCUUCUUCCUCACUCCUUUCUUCUUCCUCCUCUUCUUCCUCUUCCUCCUCUUCAUCUUUUUUCCUUCUUCUUUUCUCCUCUUCUUCAUCCUCCUCCUCUUCAUCUUUCUCUUCUUCCUCCUACCCCUCUUCUUCUUCUUCCACCUCCUCUUCUUCCUCUUCUUCAUCUUCCUCCUUUUCUUCCUCCUCCCCCUCUUCUUCUUUCUCCUCUUCAUCAUCAUCUUCUUCCUCUUUUUUGGCUUCUUUUUCCUCCUCCUCUUCCACUUAUUCGAUUUCUAUUCCUCUUCUCCCUCCUCCUCUUCAUCUUCUUCUUCCUCCUCCACCUCCUUUUCUUCUUCAUCUUCCUCCUCUUCCUUUUCUUCUUUCUCCUCCUCUUCUUCUGCUUUUAUCUUCUGACUGAGACCCAAAGCUCAGUUCUACUCUCUCCAUGGGGUUUGUAAAGGAAUUGCUAUGAGGGUUAGGGGAUUAUGGGAGUUGCAGUCCAAACGAUCCAGACAGCAUAAGGUUAGGGAAAGUUGAUCCAAGCACACAAUGGCAGAGAACGUUUUCCCCAGCAAUAGGAUGGCCGACAUGUUCAGAAAAGUGAUAGGAAAAGAGGAAUCCCACGUUUCACAGAACAGACCUUCCAACACUUAACAAAUGAAGAUAAAGACAUGUGUGAACAAGAUGGCAACUGUUAUUAUCUUCUGUUAGGAAGAGCAUGAGAACUAGGAAAGGCUGCAGCAGUUUGCUUUGACCUGAGCCUAAUUGGGAAGGGACGGAGUUUGUGCAAUCCUCAUUAUUCCUCACUGAGUGCAAGUUGGAAUCCUAUUGAUUACUCCCUGAAAAAGUAAAUGGAUUAUUGAACACAAAAGUAGAUCCCAUAGAGUCAAUGGAUCGGGUUGGCUUUAGGUAUGACUAGCAACACGGCACCUGCCUUGGCAACAAUCCAUAUGAAAAGGAUCUAGGAGUUUUAGCAGACCACAAACUCAACAUGUUAACAUUGUGAUGCAGCAGCUGAAAAGGCCAAUGUGAUUCUAGCUGCAAUAAUAGGACUAUAGUGUCUGAAUAAAGGAAAGUCAUAGUCAUACUUUGUUCUGCUUUGGUCAAACCUGACCUGGAGUCAUAACCUGUGCCCAGUUCUGGGCAAAGUAAUUUCAAGAGGAGAUGGACAAGAUAGAAGGUGUCCAGAGAAGGAAGACCAAAGGGAUCAAAGGUCUGGAAGCCAUUAAUCACUCUAAAGAGAAGUCUGGAGAGCUGAAUAUGUUUAGCUUGGAGAAGAGAAGGCUGAGAGACGAGGACAUGAGAGCCAGGUUGAAAUAUUUGACUUUAAGGAGGGGACAAGCUUGGUUUUUGCUGGUCCAGAGACACAGAGCAAUGACUUCCAACUACAGGAAAAUAGAUUCAAAUUAGGAAGACCUUUGUGAUGGGAAGAGUGGAAUCUGCUUUUUCUGGGGAAAUCAGGAGGAGUCUCCUCCUUUGGAGGUGUGUAAGCAGAGGCUGGAUGGUGUCCUGUUUUGCCUUUCAAGAACAGCCUUAAAACACUGUGGUAAGUAAAUGAAAGCUGUUUUACUUCAGCAAAACAUAAAGUACAGCACACUUGGUGGAAUAAUACAAAAGGAAGCAAGGAAGUCAUAGGGCAAGCACAGUUCUUAGUCUCUGGUAAACUCCCAAAUCAAAUAGC